UCUCGCUCGACUGACUCCGCUCAAGCCCUGGCCCCUUCUAGCAAUUUCAUUCAGUAUCAACAAGAUUUCUGUUUACCAAAUCUCUGUUGCACACCUGAUGCACGCGACAUGGCUGGCGGGAGUCUUGCAGGUCCAACUGAGGACUGUAUAGAUGGCUGCAAUAGAGACUAGCAUAAAUUUCGUUUAGUUCAGGAGAGGAUAAAGCGGCCCAGGGCGGACUUCUGGAAGUUUGGGCACCAUGAGCGCGAGCGACAAGCGCGAGCGGCAGGAGGUUUAUACAUAUGUGGCACCGGACCCGGUGUACGCCAUGAACUGGAGCGUACGGCGGGACAAGCGCUUCCGACUGGGCGUUGCUUCAUUCCGGGAGGACGUCACCAACUAUGUUGACAUUGUGUCGCUGGACGACGAGUCGGACGAGCUGCGGGCGGACCCCGGGCUGCGCUUCCCGCACGACUACCCGGCCACCAAGCUCAUGUGGAUGCCGGACCGCGAGGGCUGUCGGCCCGACCUGUUGGCGACCACAGGGGAGGCGCUACGCAUCUGGCGUGUGUGUGACGGCUCGGAGGGCGAGGAGAGCGGCAGCGGGCCGGGCGGACGCGGCGUUCAGCUGCGGUCACUGCUUAACAACAACAAGCAGUCGGAGUUCUCGGCGCCACUCACGUCCUUCGACUGGAACGAGGCCGACCCCAAGCGCCUGGGCACCUCCUCCAUCGACACCACCUGCACCAUCUGGGACAUCGAGAAAGGCGAGGUGGACACGCAGCUCAUCGCGCACGACCGGGAGGUGUACGACAUAGCCUGGGGUGGGCUGGGCGUGUUCGCCACCGUCAGCGCGGACGGCAGCGUGCGCGUGUUCGACCUGCGCGACAAGGAGCACUCGACCAUCAUCUACGAGAGCCCGCAGCCCGACACGCCGCUGCUGCGCCUGGGCUGGAACCGGCAGGACCCCCGCUACAUGGCCACCAUACUGCAGGACUCGCCCAAGGUGGUCAUCCUGGACAUCCGCUACCCCACCCUGCCCGUGGCGGAGCUGUGCAGGCACCAGGCGCCGGUCAACGCCUUGGCCUGGGCACCGCACUCGGCCCAACACAUCUGCACCGCCGGGGACGACUCACAGGCGCUGAUCUGGGAUGUGUCGGCGGUGGGCGGCGGCAACAAUGCCAACGCGGCGGCGGGCGGCGGCGCCAGUGACGUCAGCUUGGACCCCAUACUGGCGUACGGAGCGGCCAGCGAGGUGAACCAGCUGCAGUGGAGCUCCGCGCAGCCGGACUGGGUGGCAAUCUGCUUCGGCAACAAAACGCAGAUCCUAAGGGUGUGAGGCGCCUAGAGGCGCGUGAGGCGAGGUGUAAUGGGGCUGGGUUUUAUGGGGAGGUCCUUUCGUGGGUUGUUCACGCGGAAGUGGGGUUGGCCGUUGGUUGACAGUGAGGCACUGGAGAUGGAAAAGGCACAGCAAGUGCCUCAUGGCGAGGAGUGGCGGCAGCGGCAGGAGGGGCUUAGCGCGAGCAGGUCGAGUGACGGGUUUCCAGCGACGAAUGAGGAGGCCCGGGGGCGCGGGGGGAUGACGCUUGGGGCAUGGCGGGCGUGGUUCAGCCAGUCUUGGCCGAGCGAGGGCCGCGCGGCCUGGCACACCCUUGUCGUGGCGCUGGCGAGUGGCACGAUAUUUUAUAUAUACACAUAACGGCCAGUAUAGCAUGCGCAAGCAUGAUACAGUAUGGCGGCGAGUGUCAGUAGUUGUUUUUGCAAUUCUUGCGCGGCGGGCCCAGUCGCGAGCCGCUGA